GAGAGUGAGACGGCCUGCCGACUCUCUGACGCCAGGUCGAGCUGCAGACUCAACUGAGGCGGUGGGAGCGCUGAGGAGGGGCCCGCAUACAGACCCAGUGCCGGGGCGGCAGGGACAGGAAAGGAAGAGUGACCCCAGCGGCUAAAAUGAGCCUCCUGGGUCAAUGCCAUGUCUAGUCAGGGAGGGCAACACCUCCUGCCUGUCUGUGGUUAUUUCUAAGCCCUGCUCUUAGACUGCCGUAUUGACUUGAGUGGCUAUGGCAAGAAUCUGCAUCUGCUACUGCAUGACUGCUUGUCUACAAGGGAUGGCUUCCAUAGACCAAAUGAGGACCUUGGAAACUUGGGAAGUACUUGGAAAAACAAAAGAAACCCAAGAAUCAGACAAUCUGUCCCUGUUUUCUAGCUGAUUCUGCUGCUUCUUUUGGCGACUUCAGGAGGGAAAAUUAGUCACCAUGAAUGUUACUUCGCUCUUCUCCUUCACCAGCCCGGCCGUCAAACGGCUGCUGGGCUGGAAGCAGGGCGAUGAAGAGGAGAAGUGGGCGGAAAAAGCUGUGGAUGCUCUGGUUAAGAAACUGAAAAAGAAGAAGGGAGCCAUGGAGGAGCUGGAGCGGGCGCUCAGCUGCCCGGGUCAGCCCAGUAACUGUGUGACCAUCCCUCGCUCGCUGGACGGACGGCUGCAGGUGUCCCACAGAAAGGGUCUGCCACAUGUCAUUUACUGCCGGGUGUGGCGCUGGCCUGACCUGCAGUCCCACCAUGAGCUGAAGGCGCUGGAAUGCUGCGAGUAUCCCUUCGGCUCCAAACAGAAGGAUGUGUGCAUCAACCCCUACCACUAUAAGAGAGUGGACAGUCCAGUCUCAGAUCAAUACAGCCAUGCCCUCCAGCACUAUCAGCAGCAGGAGCAGCAACAGCAACUUUAUACCCCAUCAGUGUUGCCUCCUGUUUUGGUGCCGAGGAACAGCGAGUUCAACGCCAAGCACACGAUGCUGCCUCGCUUCCGCAACCCACUUCAGCAGAACGAGCCGCACAUGCCCCAGAAUGCCACCUUCCCAGAAUCCUUCACUCAGGCAAACACUGUUCCUUUCCCUCAUUCUCCGGGAAACGGCUUCCCAAGCUCACCCGGAAGUGGCAGCAGCACCACCUUCCCUCACUCGCCAUCCAGCUCCGAUCCGGGAAGUCCGUUCCAGAUGCCUGAGACCCCCCCACCUGCUUACAUGCCCCCAGAGGAGCAGAUGACGCAGGACUGUCCUCAGCCAAUGGACAUCAACCUCAUGGCUCCACCUUUGCCUACAGAGACAAACAACCGGGCAGAUGUGCAGCCAGUGGCCUACGAGGAACCAAAGCACUGGUGCUCCAUUGUUUACUAUGAGCUGAACAAUCGCGUUGGCGAGGCCUUUCAGGCUUCCUCCACCAGCGUUCUUGUCGACGGCUUCACAGAUCCCUCCAACAACCGCAACCGCUUCUGCCUCGGCCUGCUCUCCAACGUCAACCGCAACUCCACCAUCGAGAACACCCGGCGGCACAUCGGCAGAGGCGUUCACCUGUAUUACGUUGGAGGGGAGGUGUACGCAGAGUGCCUGAGCGACAGCAGUAUCUUCGUCCAGAGUCGUAACUGUAACUACCACCAUAACUUCCACCCCACAACUGUGUGCAAGAUUCCCAGCAGAUGUAGCCUGAAGAUCUUCAACAACCAGGAGUUUGCCGAGCUGUUGGCCCAGUCCGUCAACCACGGUUUCGAGGCCGUCUAUGAGCUCACCAAGAUGUGUACCAUCCGGAUGAGCUUCGUUAAGGGCUGGGGAGCAGAGUACCACCGUCAAGAUGUGACCAGCACGCCCUGCUGGAUUGAGAUCCACCUGCACGGUCCGCUGCAGUGGCUGGAUAAAGUCCUGACCCAGAUGGGUUCCCCCCACAACCCCAUUUCCUCUGUCUCAUAGGCUCCAGUAACCCCAGGCUCCUCAGCCACGUGGCUGUCCGCACCCCAGCAUCUUGGUCCAAGUAGCGAGAAUAGCAGCUAACUGGUCCCAGACUGGUUUGUAGUCCAGUCAGUUGUCUGUAACUGAUGGGAGCUCAAGCUGGUCUGGGACCAGUAAGGUUAGGUGGAUUGUUACACGGCGCUUCUACUUGAAGGACAUCCGAGUUGAACACAUGAACAGGUUGGGAGAGGAGGAAGCAACGUGAGUGUGACGCAACUGGAAGAUACUUGAUCUUUGUGACCAACUGUAAUAAUUGAGGCAAACAACUCCUCUGGUAUCUUCCUGCUACAAAUGCUUUCUUCAUUGUUCUGCUAUUCUGACUGAAAUCUAGUUUGCAUUUCAAUAUUCCCUUAACAAUACAGCUGUAUUUGUGUUGCAACAGUUUGUGGGACAUUCCAAGUCAUCAAAUUUGCAGUUUUCUGAUGUUUCCUGUCUGAAUAAGUGGAAUUGGCCUCAAAUGUACCAACGCUGCAAAAACACAAAAUCUUAUCAAGUAGUUUUGGUCUAG